AUCACGCUGCCCACGAAUAUGGGGAUUAAUAUAAAAUUUGCAAAUGUGAAUUAUCGCGUGCAAGACGGAAAACAGACUAAAAUACUUUUGAAUGACAUAAGUGGUGAAUUUCGAGCAGGAGAAUUAUCGGCAGUAAUAGGUCCAUCGGGAUGUGGCAAAACAACUCUUUUGAAUCUCUUAGCAGGCUAUGGCAUUCAAACGAACUCCGGAUGUGUAUACAUCAAUGAUAAACCUCAAAAUGCAAAAGAAUUUGGUCAGAAGUCACGUUAUGUUUUGCAGCAUGAUGAUAUUAGUCCACAUUUUACUGUUUGGGAAACCAUGAUGUUUGCUUCGAACUUUAAAUUGUCUCACCGCUGCAGUAGGGCACAAAAGGAGAAGGUGAUUUAUGAAAAUUUAGAAAAGUUUCAUAUGAGCGGCAAGAUUAACAGCAUUAUGACUAAACUAUCAGGCGGUGAAAGAAAACGCAUCUCCAUUGCAAUGGAAGUGAUGGACAAUCCACCAAUUUUAUUUCUGGAUGAGCCUAUUACAGGUUUAGAUGAGUUCUCUGCCACUCAGUGCCUAAGGAUUUUGAAACAAUUGGCCAAUUGUGGUCAUACCAUCGUUUGUUCUCUGCAUUGCCCCUCGGCCAGAUUAUUGCAAAUGGUGAACAAAGUGUACGCCAUGGCCAAUGGCGAAUGUAUAUACCAGGGAAGAGUGGAUAACAUAGUGCCCUUUUUGAAUGAUCUCAAUUUAAACUGUCCCUUGACGCACAAUCCCACGGAUUUCAUAAUCGAAGUUGCUACAAAAUCCUAUGGGGAAUAUCAACGGAUUAUGGUUGACAAAAUAAGCAAUGGCCAUAUAUAUGAAUGGUUACCCAAAAAGUCAUUGGAUUUAGGCAUAAUCGAUGUGAGAAAAGUUGAAAUACUUCACUUAAAUGACAAUAUGCAAUUAUCACCCUCGUCACUAGAGUUGUCAGAGGAAAUGCUGCCAUGGUUUAAGGAGUAUAAUAUUCUAUUUAUUCGUUUUAUGCAACAAAUGUGGAGGGAUAUGUUCCCCGAGAAAUGGAAGUAAUGCGAAGAGAGCAUUUUAAUCGUUGGUACCGCUUGAGUUCCUACUUUAUGGCUAUGCUGACUUCCCAGUUACCUCUAUUGUGUCCAAUGUCCAUAAUUGGUUCUGCUUUAUUGUAUUUUAUAACCGGACAACCCAUGGAGCUGUAUCGUUUUACUUUGUUUUCUCUAACCAUACUUCUUGUUUCAUUAAUGGCAGCCAGUUUUGGUCUACUUUUGGGCGUCAGUUUCAAAAGUCUGUAUGCUCUAUUUGCUGGUCCAAUAUUUAUACUUAUCAUGUCUAUAUUUGGACAUCAACGCGCGUGUGGGACAGACUUAUCAACUCUACAAGAAUUUGUGAUUGUCAUCAGCUAUAUGACCUACGCCAUAGAGGGGGUUAUGUUCUCAUUACUUGAUAACGAUCGUGCCAAUCUUCCCUGCCCUUCUGCCGAGUUGUUUUGCUUAACCACCAAACCAAAAUUUGUUCUAAAAUUACUUGGAUAUAACAAUAUGAA